GAGAUGGCUUCGGCUGGAGGCGGCGACUGCACCGACGCCGCGCCGGAGGCGGACUGCCCUCACCAGCGGCCUUUCCUGAUUGGGGUGAGCGGCGGCACUGCGAGCGGGAAGUCAACUGUGUGUGAGAAGAUCAUGGAGUUGCUGGGGCAGAACGAAGUAGACCACCGGCAGCGGAAGUUGGUCAUCUUAAGCCAAGACAGGUUCUAUAAGGUCCUGACGGCAGAACAGAAGGCAAAGGCCUUGAAGGGACAGUACAAUUUCGACCACCCAGAUGCUUUUGAUAAUGACUUGAUGCACAGGACACUGAAAAACAUCGUGGAGGGCAAAACUGUUGAGGUCCCCGCCUAUGAUUUUGUGACCCACUCUAGGUUACUGGAGACAACGGUGGUCUACCCUGCGGACGUGGUUCUCUUUGAGGGCAUCUUGGUGUUCUAUAGCCAGGAGAUCAGGGACAUGUUCCACCUGCGCCUCUUUGUGGACACCGACUCUGACGUCAGGCUGUCGCGAAGGGUUCUCCGGGAUGUGCACCGCGGGCGGGACCUGGAGCAGAUUCUAACACAGUAUACCACCUUCGUCAAGCCAGCCUUCGAGGAGUUUUGCCUGCCGACAAAGAAGUAUGCUGACGUGAUCAUCCCUCGAGGAGUUGACAAUAUGGUUGCAAUCAACCUGAUCGUGCAGCACAUCCAGGACAUUCUGAACGGUGACAUCUGCAAAUGGCACCGAGGAGGGCCCAAUGGCCGGAGCUGCAAGAGGACGUUUUCUGAGCCCCGAGACCAUCCUGGGGUGCUGACGUCUGGCAAGCUGUCCCACUUGGAGUCCAGCAGCAGACCCCACUAAGGAGCUAGAGUUUUUGCUCCCUCAGCCUCCUGGGCAGGCCCCCUGAUAGACACGUGUAUGGUGACUGGGCCCGUGGAUGCCCACCC